AUGCCAGCUCCUCUAGCAAAAGGAAUCAUCGUGGGCGUGUCUGUCCUGGUUGCAGCAGGCAUUGCCGUCUACGAAAGCCCACAGUUUCGACGAUGGGUUGACCAGUCUCGCCGGAAGAUAGCGAUUGCUCUUUACAACCUGGGCGAUGAAAUCCAUCCCCGGGAGCCAGUUUCCCAAGACAUCUCUAUGACUGAAGAAGCAAGCGAAGCUGCCAUGGAGCGAAGGCGUCAGGCUCGGGAAGAGAUAGCACUACGCCGGGAGUUAAUGCAAUCGCGCAGAGAUACCCGGACAAGCAGUGCGGCGGUCAGUUUUGAUGCACUAGUGGACCAGGACGGCAGGCUGCGAUCUGGAGCAGAAGAAGGAGACGUUACCCGUGGAAUUGUUGACGAGAAGGAUGAUAUUACAACUGCUCAUUCUACUGCGCUUGACUCCAGUCGUUCGACAUGGCUGCACAAACGCGGCGGAGGAUCUCCUGAGCCAGAAGCUCUUACUGAUGCACGCCUCCAAGCGCAGCGUGAAAUGAUGGAAGCCAUAGAAAGAGAUCGUCUUCAUCUUUAUUUGCCAUCUGAAACCCCGUCUCAUCACCCUUCCGAGUCUUUGAUUGAUCUCACACCCACAUCCGAAUUUCCCGAGCUCACGCCUUCACCAUCCAAGCAGGACCGGAUUGCCAAUUCCGAAUAUUUCUCGAUUGCAUCGCUUCCAAGCUCGACGCACAAUGACUCGGACAUUGGACAAUCCGGGUUUUUCUAUGCACAUCCGAAUCAGUCGGAAGAUCGUUCCUCUGCAGAGAGUACACAUCCAGAGGCAGACCCUUUUCAAGAUCACGAUUUGUCAGCCGCUUCAUCUGUGGCGGGGAGUCUCGAGCACGUCCACCAUGAUGUCUCUUCCGACGGGACAUUGAGCGAAUGGGGACAGCACACGGAUGGAGCACUGACUCCUGCCAGCUGGUCCGAGGUAGGCAGUGUCAUUAGCAGUGACGAUGAGCAUCAUCAUCAAUAG